GCUGUCAUCUUUCAAAAUGUCCGAGAGUAAAGACGAGCAUUUCAGUGAACUUGGUGUGGUCCUGUUUACACCUCCUUUUCCGUUCAUCCUCAAUCCUCUCCCUCUCCUAUCCCUCCUCCACCUCCACCCUCACCCUCUACUAUGGCUGCAGACGAGAGCCGAGAGGCUGCCGUGAUGAACCCGGCCUACGACAAGGAAGAGGGCCAGCUCUCGGAAAAGUCCGCUGCCUCCAACCUGGAUUCCGAAGACCAGCUGCCCGCUCCCAAGGGAGACGAAGAUGCUCCCCGUGAGAUCUCGGGCUGGAAAUGGGUCAUUGUCGUCAUCGCCAUCUACAGCUCCCAAUUCCUCUUCGCCCUGGAUAACACCAUCGUCGCCAAUAUCCAGCCGACCAUUGUGGAGGACUUCGAUGCCGUGUCCAAGCUGUCCUGGAUCAGUGUUGCCUUCCUCAUCGGUGCCGCGUCGACCAACCUGGUUUGGGGAAAGAUCUUUGCCAACUUCAACGCCAAAUGGACCUACAUCAUCUGUAUUUUCAUCUUUGAAGUUGGAUCCGCCGUCUGCGGUUCAGCGCCCACCAUGAACGCCUUCAUCGUUGGCCGUGCCAUCUGUGGCUUCUCGGGAGCCGGCAUGUAUGUCGGACUGAUGACCAUGUUGGCCGUCACCACCACCAUCAAAGAGCGUCCCACGUACAUUGGCGGUGCGGGUUUCACCUGGGGUGUUGGCACGGUUCUGGGACCCAUCAUUGGUGGUGCUUUCACCGACUCGUCUGCCGGCUGGCGUUGGUCGUUCUACAUCAACCUGUGCAUCGGCGCUGUCUGCGCCCCUGUCUACAUCUUCAUGCUCCCCAACAAGGAUCCUCGUCCUGGAGUCAGCUUGGGCGACCGUGCUCGUGAGAUCGAUUACCUGGGUGCGGUCCUGACCAUUGGCGCUUUCAUUUCUGGCGUCAUGGCCAUCUCCUUUGGCGGUGCCACUUACGCAUGGGACUCGGGCAAGAUUAUCGGUCUCUUCUGCUGUUCGGGAGUGCUUUUCAUCCUGCUGGGCAUCCAGCAGGGCAUUCCAUUCCUCACCACCAAGGAACGCCGUCUGUUCCCCGUGGAGUUCUUGCGGAGCCGCACCAUCUUGAUCCUGUUCGCCAUGACGGCCGCCGGUGGUACUCUCAUCUUCCUCCCCGUCUACAUGUGCCCACUUUACUUCCAAUUCACUCGGGGCGACUCUGCCCUCCAGUCCGGUGUGCGUCUGCUGCCGUUCAUUAUCCUGAUGAUCGUGGCUGUUAUCGGGAACGGUGCCAUUCUUUCUGCUCACGGUCUGUACAUGCCGUGGUUCCUCGCGGGCGGCAUUCUCUGCCUCAUCGGCAGCGCCCUGAUGUACACCGUUACCGCGACGAGCUCGAUCGCCAAUAUCUACGGAUACACGGUCCUCAUUGGGUUCGGCGUCGGUCUUUUCUCGCAAGCAUCCUUCUCGAUCGCUCAAGCCGUCGCGGAGCCUCGCAUGGCGCCUUCGGCCGUCGGGUUCAUCACCUGUGCGCAGAUCUCGGGCUGCACCAUUGCCCUGGCCAUUGCCAACGCCGUGUUCCUCAACCAGAGUAUCCAGGGCGUCAAGGCCAUUCUUCCCAACAUUGACUCCACGGAGGUGGAGCAGACCAUUACCGGAACCGGGUCUCAGCUCUUCGACAACCUCACCCCGGCCGUCAAGCAGGAGGUGCUGGAGGCCAUUGUGAAGGCGCUGAACAAUUCCUACAUCCUGUCCAUGGUUGCCGGUGCAUUGGUGGUUGUGUUGAGUAUUUUCAUGAAGCGCGAGAAGCUCUUCAUUGCUGGCGGAGCUGGUGGUGUUUAAGCAAUUCUGGGGGCAAAGGAAGCUAGGGGAUUAGGGCAGGGCAGGACAGGAGUGGUGAUGGGCUCCUGAUUUCUUGCAAUAGAUACAUUUGUUUACAAUGUACUUAGAACGGGGCGAAUCUCUCUUCAAAACGCUGGGUUAUAUAUAUACCAGCCAUGGAUCCAUGAGCCAUGGGAUUUUUAA